AUGUGGCGCGCCUCGCCGCCCUCUGGGACGACGGCAUGGAGGCAGGAUGGGGGCAAGAGGCAGAGGAGUGGGAGAGGGGGGUAUGGAUUGGCUUUUGGAUAUGCAUAUCCAGCAUAUAAAUGUUACAAAACAAUAGAGAAAAACAAGGUUGACAUUAAAGAGCUCAGGAUAAUUAUAGCAGUAGUAACAGUUAUUGAGAGCUUCAUUGAUUUAUUAAUUUCAUGGUUUCCCAUGUACCGAGAGAUAAAAUUGGCCCUCUUUAUCUGCUUAUGGCAUCCAAGCUUACAGGGAACUGGGUUUGUUUAUAACACGUUGUUGCAGCCGUACGUGUCAAGAUAUGAGACAGACAUAGAUAGGGGUCUGCUGGAAGUUAAGCAAAGAGCCUGGGAUUUGGUCUCUGAUUAUUGGCGUUACAGCGCAGAAGUGGGUUCCAAGAAGGCUGCUCAGCUCUUCCAUCUUUUGCUUUCCCAAUCUGCAAGGGUUGCAGCGCCAAUCCCACCUGCUGAUCAGGUCUUACAGACUUGA